AUGGUUCGUGUCUCAUCCAUUGUCGCCAGCCUGUUGGCUGUUGUCGCAAGUCCCCUCGCUGUUGCAGCUGAGGAUGUUGUCGUCGACGCCGCCACCACCUCGGCCGUUGCUUCCAGCCUUCUAGGUUCCGAGAAGAUCGCCUGCGGACUGCUCAGCUUUCGUUACCCUACGCAAACCUUCUUCUCCGGCUCCGACGGGUACACGUACGAGACGCAGACGCAAUACUGGUCUGCGACGGAGUACAACACGCCAGCUUGUGUCUUUGUCCCGCAGAAUGCCCAGCAGGUGUCCUUCGCCGUCACCACGCUGACCCUGAGCUUGACCAAAUUCGCCGUCCGCAGCGGCGGCCACAUGCCGGUCGUGGGAUACAACAGCAUCGGCUCGUCCGGCGUCCUACUGUCGACGUCCAAUCUCACUACCUUGGCCCUCUCUGACGACAAGACCACUGUAUCUGUGGGCGCCGGUCACAGGUGGAGAGACGUCUACUCCUACCUCGCGCCCUCAGGCCUAGCCGUCGUCGGAGGCCGCAUCGGCGGCGUCGGCGUCCCGGGUCUGCUUCUCGGGGGUGGGAUCUCCUUCUACUCAAACCAGUACGGCUUCGCCGCCGACAACGUCGUCCGAUACCAGGCCGUGCUCUCUAGCGGCCUCGUCGUCGAGGCCACCGCCACCAAUGCCUACUCGGACCUCUUCUGGGCCCUCAAGGGUGGCGGCAACUCCUUUGCCCUCGUCACCCGCUUCGAUCUCCAGACCUUCGCGUCGCCACGGGUGUGGGUCGGCAUCUCGCAAUACGCGCAGGCGGACAGCCCCAAGUACCUCGAUGCCGUCUACAACUUUGGAAAGUACGGUUCCGCGGACGGUAAAGCCGCCAUCAUCCCCACCAUUCUCACCUACCCUUCGAAUAACAUCACCGCGUACGCGGCUGCGCGGUUCUACGACUCCGAGACCGCGCCAUUGACGGCGUUUGAGAACUUUACGUCUCCUGUAUUGGCGCCCGUGGCCGAUUCCUACGCCCUGCAGCCUCUUGCCGAGUAUGUGAGUGCCGUUGACGCGCUUCAACCGACCGGUCUCCGACAAGAGUUCCGCGUCAUGUCUCUGGUAGUCAACCGCGACGCAGUCGACUAUGUCCACGACACCUUCCUCGCAGCCACCAGCGCCAAUCUCACCAGCAUCGCCGGCCUCUCUGCUUCGAUCACCUUCCAGCCCAUCACCAAGGAGUUCAUCCAGCAGGGCGUCGCCAAAGGUGGCAACCCCCAGGGCGUGGACCCGUCCAAGGCGCCGUACUUUUGGGUUGUCGAGAACCUGACGUGGCAAGACGCCAAAGACGAUGCCGCGACAAAGGCCUUUGCCGACAGCGUCACGGCGGAGAUUGAGGCCGGGCUGGUGGCCAAGGGCGUCGCGGGCGGUUAUCUGUACUUGAAUGAUGCGGGACAGGGGCAGAAGAUCUUCCAGAAUUACCCGGCGGCGAACUUGGCGAGGCUCAAGGCGAUUCGCGCCAAGUACGACCCACUGAGGAUUUAUACGAACCUCUUGGCCGGAGGGUGGAAGGUUCUUGAUGCUUGA